CUCAGAAACGCGCGCGCGCGGACAGAAGAGAAAGGACGCUUCGCUCGAGCUGUCUGUGCUGCUGCUCUCGCUCUGGUAUACUUAAGUUCGAGAUGAAGCGGAUUAUCGCGCUGCUGCUGCUUAUCGUCGCUGCUUUCGCAUCGGCCUCCGUGUCUUACUCGAAUGCCGGUCUGAAGAAGCCGAAUCACGAAAAAUACGUCGCCUGUUACUUCCAGAGCUGGGCGAUAUAUCGAAACGAUCAGGGGGUUUUCCAGAUCUCGGAUAUCAAUACUGAGCACUGUACCCACAUCAUCUACGCCUUUGCGGGCCUCAAUGCUAGCAGCUGGGAAAUCCAGAGCUUGGAUCACUUUGCCGAUCUCGCCGAUCACAAUGGCAAAGACGGCUAUCGCGAGUUCACUAAGCUGCGCUACCACUAUCAGCACAUCAAGCCGAUCCUGGCCAUCGGAGGAUGGAACCAGGGCAGUCGAAACUACUCGGAGAUGGCCAACGACGCCGGUCGCCGUACCAUAUUCGUCAGAAGCGUAGUUAGCUUCCUGAGAGCUCACAACUUCCACGGCCUCGACAUCGACUGGGAAUACCCGGGCACCAGAGGCGGUUCCGAGCACGACAGGGCCAACUUCGUCAGGCUGCUGAAGGAAUUGUACUACGCGUUCAAACCGCACAAGUUUCUGCUGACUGCGGCGAUAUCGGCGCACCUCGACGAGGACAGCCUCGAGAGACGCUACAGCCUCAAGCCGAUGGCCGAGUACCUGGACUACAUCCACGUGAUGACUUACGACUAUCACGUGGGCAACCGAGUGGUCAUGCCCAAUGCGCCGCUCGACAAAGUUAACAUGACCAUCCAGAUACUCAAGAACACGGCUGUGCCCAUGAGCAAGUUCAUCCUGGGUCUCCCGACCUACGGAAGGGGCUUCAUCCUGGAGGAGCCUCUGAGGUCCGAGCUGGAGAACCCCAUCGGCAAGCCGAGUAGACAGCAGAGCUGGAUGGGACCCUAUCUCGCCCAGGAGGGCUUCUUCGCUUACAACGAGAUCUGCAAGUACUUGCUGUCGGAGGAGACGUGGAAGCACAGGUGGGACAACAUGAGCUACACACCCUACGCGAUUUACGACAACAGGGUCAUCGUCUACGACGACUCGAGGAGUCUCCACGCCAAGAUCCACCUGGCGAUGCAGAACGGCUUCGGCGGCGUCUUCGUCUGGAGCAUCGACGAGGACGAUUUCCGGGGCGAGUGCAUACCCAAGCACAAGCGCGACCGCGUCAACGUCCUCGACUACCAGUACCCGCUGAUGAAGGCUAUCAACGACGCCUUGGAGCACGACUCGAGUGCUUCCAGCAGCUUCACCUCGUCGGCCAGUGCCUUCGUCCUCCUGUUGCUCCUCUGCUUCAACAGCUUGCGCUACUCGCUAUAAGUAUGUCACCCCGAGGGGACGCGCUGAGAUCUCUUGGUCCUUUGGCGACAGGGCGGCAUGCGCGUACGAUAUAUGUACUUCGAGUCCGCAGGACUUUCACAUCCCGUUAAACGACACGCGAGCGAGUUUUUUCGAAAGACUAUGCAUCGCUACGACACGAUGUUAAACGAGUGUUCAAACGAGUUGAAAUCGGCGUGGAGCUUUGCCUUACAACUAUAGGACACUGACGUGCCUCGGAAGGCUGAUGCGAUCCGCGACGCGACGAACAACGGGGAAAGGUAAUGAAACGAAGAGAUUGAAGAUAAGUCGAUUUUACUGCAAUUUUACAACUGACGCGUUAUCGCGGCUGCCAAGGCAAAUCGACCGAUUCCGAUCGUUGAAAUGUUGAAAAGCUACCAUUUGGAUAACAUUGGAUGCUCGCGUCGCGAGACUCGAUUAUUGUCACGUGUGACACUGUAGAUAAGAAAGAAAAAAGAAACUAUUUUUCAGCGCCACAUCAUGCCUUCUAUAGCAAUUCAACGAUUGGAAUCGCUUCGGUACUUCCAGUUAUCGCUUAUUAAUUCCGCUCAAUAUAUAAUAUCCUGCCCUUAUUUUGACCUCGAUUAUACGUAUAAAUUGUGUUUGGCGAAAAAUAUUAUAUGCGCGCAAUGUUAAAUUGAUAUACAUAUAUAUAUGGCGGCAAAAGUAAGUAUUACAGUAAGUUUCGUCCAUAAAUCGUAAUUAACGUGUAAAAAAAGUUGUAUUAAAACGAACCUUCUUACAUGCAUACUGGCUAUGAGCUUGAAAAAGUCAAAUAAUGGCAUAAUUGGCAACAUUUAAAUUUUUGAUUGGAGCGAAAUGUAAUUUCGUUAUAUCAUUCUCAACAUGAAUAUAGCAGUACUCAAAAAGCGUCAUGUGUUUAGGGUGGUUAGUCUUCUACAUAAAUAAGUAUACAUAUAAGCUCACUAUUUUUAUAUCGAUCAUUAUCGAUAGUAAUACAAGUGUCGUAUAGUAGUGCCUUUUUUUGUACGAACGUUGGAUCUUUCGAAAUCCACAAUAAAGUUAGAUCCUCUACUUUUGCAAAAAACAAAUAUCAUCUCCUACUUGGGUUGCAAAACUCUCAACGAUACCGAUCAUUACUGUAAUUUUUUGUAAGUAUAAAGUUAAGUAACAAGUCCAGUCCGAUUCCAUGAAUGUACUAGUUAAGCGAUUAGUUUUUAUGUUUGUAAUAAAUUAAUUAUUGAAUAAAAAUAAAGUACAAUAUCAUUA